GGGUUUUUAAGUUAAAUAUUGUUACUUAUUUGUUCAUGUCGUUGUUUGAAGACUCUCAUCGCGAUAUUGAUAAUUUUAGAAAUUAUCUAUUAUAGAUAAUUUUAAAACUUGAUAAAAUCCAAUCUGUAGAAUUUUGAUUCUUAUGGGAUAUGACACGACAUUUUUACGCGCUCAAAUUAUAAACUUAUAAAGGCAAGUGUUCCACAGAAUGGUUAGAAAGUUGGGCGCAACUGAAUCACUUGAACACCUUGCGAAAACUCCUUGACCAUUCACGACGUAAUCACCGUGAUUUCAACGAUUUAGUUGUUUGUAAAUGACUGCGAGUUUUGCGUCACCUAGCGGUCACAUAACCAAGCUCUUCAUUCAGUGUUGCAUAAAAGUCACGGCGUGCACCCAAUUCGUGGAUGAUUUAACGUUCUGAUUGGCAAAUAGGUCGUUCGUCCAUACAGUUUCAAUCGUGCAAUUCGUUGCGUUUCACCAUGAUAAGACAUUUCCCAGAGAUGACAACAGUUUCUAAAAUUAAAUCAUUUUACUGCAGCAAAAGUUGGAUGAAGCCGAUUGGAGGCUGAUUGGACUCUUCCGGUCACCGGAAGUCGCCUCCUUUUGACUAAACAAAAACGACCCCCUGAAUUUUUUUUUUUCCCCCGAUUGAGAGAAACAAAAGGAGAUUUUGAAAAAUUAAGGAAAACCAGAAGAAGAAUCUGAAAACCAAAAAUGGGUGAUGCCAAUGUUCAGACGAGUGGUGGAGGAGGUCCGGGACAUCACCAUCCGCAUCAGUUGCAUCAUCACCACCAUCACCAUCAAUUGCAUCAUCACCAGCCGAUCAAUACGGGAGCUCAACAUCAUCCGGUGCAACAUCACGACACGACGACGGCAUUGAGUUUCGGUCUCGGCUUUUUCCCCGAUCCGUCCGAAAUCAGUUCGAAGUCGCUUCCGCCCUUCUCGUCUUUUGGCGAAACGGAAGGACUCGGCGAAGGUCUUUCCGGACGGCUAUUGGAUCUCGGCGGAAGUAAUGGUGGUCCACCUCCAUGGGAUUUGUAUGGAGAAGGACUUUCUGCCCGGCUGAUUGAUGUCGGGGCUCCGACUCCGCUCGGUUUGGGUAUCGGUGUAGGCGUCGGUCUGGGUCUAGGCUUCGCCCCGCCUCCGCCAGCUGCCAUCCCUGCCAAGGACAGUCAACCGGGACCGCCUGGUAACAGUGGGCCGGGCGGUGUCCAGUACCGACCUUGGGAAUCUAAGAAUCACCCCGACGGCAAUGGCAAUCCGCCUACGUUGCUGGAACUUGGCCGCAUGAUGGCUGUCACUCCGCCUCCGGGCAACACGACUCCCAACUCUUCGAGCAAUCCAUCGGGAUUCUCCGAAUUGCAACUGUUUCCGCCGCAUGGAAGCAGCCCCAAACUGCCGUCGUUCCAGUCCCAAUUUCAGCAUUCUUAUUCGUCAUCCAGUCCUGGACCUCAUCCGCCCGCACUAACACCCAUCAAUGCGGACCCUAACGGCUUUCACGCUUCCGGUCCGGGACCUGGUGGUGGUGGUGCCGUUAUACAGAACAAUAACAACAACAACAAUAGUGUCCGUUAUCCACUAGUUCCGGCACCGGUUCAUCCUAUCCAGCGGCCGGAAGUUGUUGUUGGCGGAACGGCAGGUCACGCACCUCCUCCUCACCCUGGCGCUUUCGUUCAUCACGAUCGUGUUCAUCAUUUCGGUCCACUCCCGUCGGUGGCCCAACAGGCCGUCACCAAUCCACAACAUUAUCCGACGCUUCCGGCCGAUUACAAUAAUGGCGUCCAGCGUCCGGCUCUCCUCCAAUCGUCCGGUCCGUCUCCCAUCAACAACGUCAUUAAAUUGGAGACGGAAGAUUCGCGAUCGCCCUUCUCGUCUCAAGGUUCACUUCCGCGACAACCGGCCGGAGACGGCCGGAAGAAGGAGAAGCGAAAGUAUCGAGCCUCUUCGAUGGAGAGUUCCAGCAGCGAAGCGUCUGACGCUCAAGUUCCCAGCAUCUCUAGCACUGCCCGCGGAUUCAAACAUCCGCACAUCCAGAUGACGAGCAACGGCCACGAUUCCAGCAUGGAUUGCGACGGCAAGCAAUCGAAAAAGAAGCGGAAGCGUUGCGGCGAAUGCGUCGGAUGCAUGCGCAAAGAUAAUUGCGCCUCUUGCGCUCCGUGCCGCAACGACAAGAGCCACCAGAUCUGCAAAAUGCGACGUUGCGAAAAAUUGACGGAGAAGAAAAUUAAGAUUCCUCGUGAGAAAGGUGAAGGACGAGCUGCUCGUGCAAACAACAACAGCGCCAACAACUCUAGCAACAACAGCGCCACGUCUGCCAACGGUACGACAGCCCAGCCAAUAGCCACUCCACCCACACCGACCAACACAAUGGCCAAUAGCAACGUCCCAGUUGCUAAUUGGGAUCGUGGAUAUGCGCCCAAUGCCUGGGCUCCUGCUGCUCAACCGGCUGUUGUCAAUGGGACAACUGAUGAGAAUCAAUGGGCCGCUGGAUACCAGCCGGAAACGUAUGAUCCGUCCUUCAAUUUCAACCCGCUCCAACAACAAGGCGGGUUCCACGCACCGGCGCCCGUUGUUGACACGUUUGCAAACGGUCAAACGAACGGCUUCCGACCAAGACCGAGCCCUCAGCCUCAACAGAUUCAGAUUGGUGGAUUUAGUCCGCAUAUGACGUCACCUCAUCCAUCACCCGGAUCGGGUCAACAGAUGAACGGGCGUUGUGGCAGCGUUCCACCUCAUUUCAACGGCCAGGAUGGUUUUAUGAAUGCAAGUCCUUUUACUAGCCCGAGUCCUCGUCCGCCGUCAUCCAACAAUCCGCCCAGUGUAGGGGAAAACUUCCGCAAUGGCGGAAGUAAUUCCGAGUCUAAUGGUCAACAAAUUCACCCAAACGGGCCGCCUGGGUAUCCGUCUCCAUCACCCAUCCCGCAUCAGAGUUCGCAAAACUCUAACGGCGGAUAUCCAGGCCAACAACAACAACAACAACAACAAGGGAAACCCGAGCCCUGGGAGCCUGGGAACGAGUCUAAACAACAACAGCGUUCCACUCCGCACGAAGAGUUGAAUAAUCGGCUCAAGGAAAAGAUUCUUAGUAAACAACAGAUGCAGCAACAGCAACAACAUUCAUUCCAGCAACAGCAGCAGCAGCAGCAGCAGCAACAGCAGCAGCACCAGCAUGAGUUGCAGCAGAAUGCGUCUAAUAAUGGCGGCGGACAGUCUUACUAUAUGAACUAUCCGUACCAACAAAACAAUGAGGAAUAUUCGGAUCAGCAUUUCAAUCCGACCAGCGCUUCGUCUCCUUCCUCGUCGACUAGCAAUAACAAUGUCCGGCUGGACGUUCAUUUGGAGCCGAAUUCAACGAGUUCAACGGCCCAUUUUUUAGGACCAGCCCACCCUCAGAACGGCGGCACUGGGGGUGGGAAUCUUCCGGAGGAACAGCAACAACAGAUGCCUCAGCUUCUUCAGAGUCCGGAAACAACGACGCCGUCGUCGCCGCCACCACCACCGCCACCUAACGGUUGUCAAGUGAAUCACUUGGCACCUACCAGUGCAGCUAAUGCCCCUCUUGCUCCUCCUACUCAGGAUCUCGAACAGGAUCGUCUCAGUAAAUUGAAGAAUAAUGUCAAAGAUGAAGUGCCGCCCUGCCAGUGUUUCCCGUCGGACCAAUUACCGCAAGAACCGGGCCCUUACUACACGCAUCUCGGAUUCGGUGAAAGUGUUGCAUCGCUUCGCCAACAGAUGGAGCAAAGGACUGGCCUAGUCGGAAGAGCGAUCCGUUUUGAGAAAAUCCUUUACACGGGCAAAGAAGGCAAAACUGUUCAGGGAUGUCCGAUCGCUAAAUGGAUUAUACGACGUUCUAGUUUAGAGGAAAAAGUACUUUGCCUCAUCAAAGAACGUCGCGGACAUCGAUGUCAAACGACCUGGUUAAUUGUUAUUUCCGUCGCUUGGGAAGGACUGGCCUUAAAAGAUUCUGAUUACCUUUACGGCGAAUUGGUUUAUCGUCUGAACGCUCACGGAGUAGCGACAAAUCGGCGUUGCGCUACAAACGAAGAUCGCACAUGCGCUUGCCAAGGUCUCGAUCCCGAAACUUGUGGCGCUUCGUUCUCUUUCGGUUGCUCCUGGAGCAUGUUUUUCAAUGGAUGUAAAUUCGCCAGAAGCAAAUCACAAAGCGUCCGUAAAUUUCGACUAAGUGACGAGUCUCAGGAAGCGGAUAUUGGAGAUCGAUUGCAGCGAUUCGCGACUGCCAUUGCUCCUCUGUUUCAACGAAUCGCUCCAGAUGCUUAUGCCAAUCAAGUCGAAUUUGAAAAGGCGGCCAUUGACUGUCGUCUAGGUCUUAUGCCCGGAAGACCCUUUGCAGGCGUGACUGCCUGUUUCGACUUUUGUGCUCAUUCACAUCGAGACAUACACGACAUGAAUAACGGCUGCACAGUGGUAACCACUUUGACGCGUCAUCGAGGUUUCCACAAACCGACGGACGAUGAGCAAUUGCACGUGUUGCCUCAUUACAUUCUGGAUGGAGUCGACGAAUACAAUAGCGUCGAAGGACAAAGAAGCAAAGUGGACAGUGGUGCCAUUGAAAUUCUCAACAAGUACCCUUCUAUUUUGAGACGUCAUUCGCAGCCGAUUGCUAGUAAGACGAAACGGAAAGCUCAAAUUCAGUCCAACCGAGUCAUCUAUACAGCAGCCAAUGAGGACACCGCCCUCGUGCAAAGUAGUCACGUGACAAGUUCUACUUAUUACGAAAGACAUCCUAGUAGGACAUUUUUGGAACAAUCGGGCUCAAUGGAAAGCAAAAUUCGAGCUUUACAAACUUCAUCGCAAACUUACAGACCCGCAGUCGAUCAUCUGAUGUCGAAUCCGGCCUUUGCCAGCUGGGGAGGAUACACCCCUCCUCCUCAACAACAAUGUUGGCAACAACCGCCAUGGCAUAAUCGACCUUCCGAUCCUCAACUAUCCCAGUGGUGGAGACAGAAUUUGUCCUCUCCUUCCAGUGAAAUGCGUCCUUUUGGGCCCGUUAAUCCAGUCCAACCGUUCCAAAAUGUAAUCCGUCAUCAACCUCCACUUUUAACUGAACCAAGAGUGACUGUCCAGGUUAGCGACAAUGAAGAGAAUUUCAAAGAUCCUAGCAUAGGUGGUGUGGCUAUCGCUUUGACGCACGGUUCGGUUCUUUUUGAAUGCGCCAAACACGAACUGCACGCUACAACGGCUUUGCGGAAUCCCAAUCGACGCAACCCGACCCGCAUAUCUCUCGUUCUUUAUCAGCACCGUAAUAUGAAUGAGAGCAAACACGGAUUUGAUAUCAACGAGAAAAAGAUGGAACGAAAACGAAUCGAGCAACAACGGCAAGAGGAAGCUCAAACAACUGCAUCGACAACUCCUCAACAACCUACCUGGUUACCGGCACCAAACCUUUACGGCUGCACUUUGCCGGCGUCGGCAGCCGCUUCUUGCUAUCCGAAUUCUCAGCAGCCGGUUUUGCCUUCCAUCCAUCACGCAUUUCCGUACCAUUUAUCUUAUCCCUAUAAUCCAUAGGACAAAUAUUAGAGGGGAUUAGUAUUAUUAUCAUCACAAAAUGCUAACGAGGCAUAUUUCUUUAAUCGAUGAAAUUGGGGAAAUUAUUUUUGACUUGUUUUUAAUUUGAUGUUUCAACUUAUGCAAAUGGCGGGGGAAUCAUUUUCCUUUAGCCUAUUCGUCCGUAUGCAUAAAACAAUAAUUUCAGACCGAUUUGGCGAAUGUGGCUUGAAGUUCAAAACAGAAACAAUUCAGUGCUUUACAGUUUUUGAAAAGACGUGCUAUUUUGGCGAUACAAAAUUUUCUAGAAAUUUUAAAAUAAUAAUAAUGUGGAUCGUUUGGACGCAAACUUCGGCAGGGAAAACGUAUUCCGUACAAAAAAAAUGUUUUGCUUGUUUUAUUUUUUAAAUUAAUGUCGCACUUUCGAGUCACAUGUCAAUGUGGUCUUUUUUUAAAUCUGAUCUCUCGCUCUGAUUUUGUUUUGUGGGAAAUCUCCAGUUCAAGAAGUGGUGCCCAGCGGUGCAAAUCCUCGCAGGUGUCAUUCAUUAAAGUUAGAAAUUAUUCAAGAAUGACAGCGAAAGACAACCCGAUUGUUAACAUUUAACCACAAUAAGCAUUACUUGUAGUUUCACGAUGCUUUUGUUUUCUUUUACCCCCUUUUUUUUAUCAUUAUUAUUAUUUAAAUUCAUGUUGAUGUAAUUUCCUUUUAGGAAACUUUUCUAACCUUUUAUGUUCAGUCUGUAAAGAGCUUGCCAAGCCCAUCUGCCACAAGCAACUACCACCUCAUUUAUCAAUAAUCCUACAAAAAUGCAUUUUAAGUUUCAAUACAUCCGUAUUUCUUUUUGUAA